CGGUGCUUGGGCCCCGGGGGCGGCCUCGACGGAGUCGCGAACGUUCUAGAGCCGCCGCGUGCGGGAGGCGGGCCGAGAUCUCCAGCGGGCUCGGGUGUGCCCUCAGGCCGCGGCCACUGUGAAAGGUGCCGGUGCGGUCUGCGCUCGGGGUGAGCGCGGUCAGUGCUGCGUUUCCUGUUCUCGCCCCUGCGCCGGUGCAGCUGGGGCCUUCCCUCACGCAGCCCGAGCAUGGCUUCAACUGUGGAGGAGCUACAGAAAGAUCUAGAAGAGGUGAAGGUGCUGCUGGAAAAAGCCACUAGAAAAAGAGUACGUGAUGCCCUGACAGCUGAAAAAUCCAGGAUUGAGACAGAAAUCAAGAACAAGAUGCAGCAGAAAUCACAGAGGAAAGCAGAACUUCUGGAAAACGAAAAGCCAGCUGCUGUGGUUGCUCCUAUUACAACAGGAUAUACAGUGAAAAUCAGUAAUUAUGGAUGGGAUCAGUCAGAUAAGUUUGUGAAAAUCUACAUUACCUUAACUGGAGUUCAUCAAGUCCCCGCUGAGAAUGUGCAGGUGCAUUUCACAGAGAGGUCAUUUGAUCUUUUGGUAAAGAAUCUAAAUGGGAAGAGUUACUCCAUGAUUGUUAACAAUCUCUUGAAACCCAUCUCUGUGGAAGGCAGUUCAAAAAAGAUUAAGACAGAUACAGUUCUUAUCUUAUGUAGGAAGAAAGCGGAAAACACACGGUGGGACUACCUGACUCAGGUUGAAAAAGAAUGCAAAGAGAAAGAAAAGCCCUCCUAUGACACUGAAACAGAUCCUAGUGAGGGAUUAAUGAAUGUUCUAAAGAAAAUUUAUGAAGAUGGAGAUGAUGAUAUGAAGCGAACCAUUAAUAAAGCCUGGGUGGAAUCAAGAGAGAAGCAAGCCAAAGGAGAUACAGAAUUCUGAGACUUCAAAGUCUUCUUGGGAACUGUGAUGUGGAAAUAUUGAUGUUUCCAAUAAGGAAAUGUUGGUGAGCUGCACAGAUAAAUUUGACAUAUAACUACUUACACAGUCUAAGUAAAGGCAUUGAAUCCUCCAUUUCCUGCUGGAGGAUUUAUUUAAAUAAAAUAUGCUUAUUAAACAAA